AUGGGCUGUGCUAUUUCACGAGCCAAAAUUUCAGUGCAGUCACGUACGAGUCGGGUUGAAUAUCGCAAUCUGUCUUUCAACGAGACUGAGCUGGACAGGACUAUGAGUAUUGUGACGGGCUGGGCCGGGCUGACCUACAUCAUUCCCUCCCUCAUUCGCCCGAUACCUGAAAGGAAAUAUAGAUACGACUACCUUUUCAAGCUCCUCCUGAUCGGCGACUCCGGUGUAGGCAAGUCAUGCUUGUUGCUGCGGUUUGCGGAUGAUACGUAUACCGAGAGUUAUAUUUCGACGAUUGGAGUGGAUUUCAAAAUCCGAACAAUCGAGCUGGACGGCAAAACUGUCAAACUCCAAAUCUGGGACACAGCCGGCCAGGAACGUUUCCGAACCAUCACAUCCUCCUACUACCGCGGCGCACAUGGCAUCUGCAUCGUCUACGACGUGACGGACAUGGACUCCUUCAACAACGUGAAGCAAUGGCUGCAGGAGAUCGACCGCUAUGCCACCGAAGGCGUGAAUAAAUUGCUCGUCGGCAAUAAGAGUGAUAUGGAGGAUAAGAAGGCGGUUGAGUAUACGGUUGCUAAGGAAUUCGCUGAUUCCCUAGGCAUUCCCUUCCUGGAGACGUCCGCCAAGAGUGCGUCGAAUGUCGAGCAGGCGUUCUUGACCAUGGCGAGACAGAUUAAGGAGCGCAUGGGCACUGCGACCGUGAAUAAUAAGCCGACUGUGCAGGUUGGACAGGGGCAGGGAGUGCAGUCUGGGUCUGCGAGCGGGUGCUGUUAA